UGUAGAGUUAUACAUAAUGUAGUCUAUAAAUGAUAUAUACAGUGAAUUUUGUCUGUUAGAACAUUUAGAAUAUCUGUAGUUUUUUUUUUUAAAUAGGCUUGUCUGGUUCUCCUUUUUAUUUAUAAAACUCAUUUUAUUUUCAAAUUAUAAAUAUUGUACAACUGUGUCACGCUUAUGUUGUUAUCAUUUAAUAUAUUAUUUAAUUUCUUUUUUAUUUAACUUACUGUUUAAGCAUUUCUAACCUCAGAAAUAAACAGCAGAUAUAUGUUGGUUUAAAAUCUAGCUUAGCUUGUCAAGGAAAAAAACAUUUUUAAAUAUUGCAUACUUCUAUAAUUUCUAGUUCACACUCACAAGUUGGAUAUCUCUGUGGUUGGAUUAAUCCAGGCACAGUAUAUGGGAUAAUGGGACUGGGUGUGGAUUUGUAGGACUAAACGAUGGCACCAAGUGGUUAAAUCUGGAAAUCCAGGAACUGGAAUCUCAAAUAGUGUGGACUGAACACAAACACAAUGAGCAAGGCGAAAGAGUUCCAGAUCUGUAGUAUUCUUGAAACACAGAUAGCCAGGAGAUAACCAGGAGAAACCCAAAAGAACAAAACAAGACUUGGACAUUUCAGUUUGUUUGCUUUGCUCUAUCCACAAAUGGUUCUAGAUCCUGUGAUGUUAUAGAUAUUUAACUAAGACUCUUCCAUCACUUGGUUUGGUAAAGGUGAGCCAACUAUGAAUUAGCCAAUGCUAAAACCAGGAACAAACAUUUCCUAGCUCCAGCUCAACAACAGCCAUUGGAAUUCUGGGAAACAGAAUGCCAGCCAAGACACCUAUGUAUUUAAAGACACCCACACCAAAGAAUGGCAAAAAGCUAAAAUUGAGGGAUGUUCUCUCUAGUGAUAUGAUCAGCCCUCCUCUAGGGGACUUGCGCCAUAGUGCCCAUGUUGGACCAGAAGGGGAGGGUGAUAUGUUCGGCGAUGUUGGAUUCCUACAAGGCAAACUGGACAUGUUACCUGCCUUAGCACAUCACUCUUCAAACAGCAUAAACAGACAUGUUGAUGACAUGUUUGCAAUACAAGGCCUACAGCGAAGGUAUAACUCCCAUCAUAACCCAAAUGACAGCUCCAUUCUUAAAAGCACAUUCUCAAUGCCUGCCUUCAUUGCUCCUGAGCAGCCACCUCCUAAACCUCCUCGACUACACUUAGAGGAAAGCUCCAAUCAGCAAAAGAACCACCACAAUCAGCAACAACACUCCAUGUCUGUGUGUGCAGAAGGGGUUGGACACUAUAGGGAACCCUACCGUGACUUCAACCUAUCUCCCUCCAUCCCCAUUUUGAGACACCUGAUGCCCUCUGCUGGUUCUUUCUCUGAGGCCUCCUCAGAUGACUCCAUGUCCGAGAGUUGUGUUCCACCAGACCCUAAACGUGGCCUGAGCCUAGACUCUGAUGCUGGCCUGAGCAACGAGGACCUGCGAAGUGAACACAGCGAGUCUCCUGCAUUCUCUCCCAAAAUGUCACGCUCAGAGUCUCUUGCUGGCCUUGACCUGGAUCUGGGACCAUCCAUUCUGGAUGAUGUUCUUAGGAUAAUGGACCGUUACAAGAGUGUGAAAGAUAGUUGUGAGAUGUGAGCUGGCAAAGAAACUUUAUGCAUUGUAAUGUGCAUGACUUUGCUUAGACUUGUACUUCCCAUGCUGGACACUGGAGUAACUAUUUGUGACAGAAUGACUACAAACUGAUACCUGCAUCUCUUACUAUGUAAAUGACCAUCUGAAAUGUAGAUGCAGAAUAGAAAAGAGGUUUUGUAUACUGUUCAUAUUGUACAAUUACAAAAUUUACUCAAUGUAAAAGAACUGUGACUAUUUUGCUGCCUUACAUUAUAAUUUAUAGUAUUCAAGGAAGAAAUCCAGUCCAAAAUUUACCAAUUGCACAUUAGUAUGUGUCCAUUAUAAAAUACUGACCUGUUUGUUACUUUUAAUCAAUAUCUGUGAUUGAAAUCUUGAUGCCCAUAAUUAUAGAUUUCCAUUCUUCCAUUUUCUUUGGCUGUUCUGUCACAAACACAGUUAAUUAUUGAUGUGUAUCAUAAUUUAACAUGGUCAUGAAAAUAAAAGAAUACUG